AUGGUGUCUGAAGCUUCCAGUUCGCCAAGUGACUGUGAAGAACCAAAUGAAAACAUUUUGUUUGAUGCUAUAGAUGACAAAAUAAGAGCCUUGAAGGUUUUAAAAGAAAUUGAUAGCUAUAAAUCUAGUGAAGUAGUUGUCAAAGAAAACACUUUUCUGGAGAGCCACCACAAAAUAGUGAUGGAGAAGACAUGUUCAGGAAAAAUAGACACAGAAGAUUCAGCUCACAAAGAUUGUGACGGUGAUAUUGAUAAGGAAAAAAAACAAUUCAAAAUAGAAAAUGGUGUGCAACUUAGUGAAGAAAUGACGAAAUCUGUUGCUGAUCAUGUUAACACUACAUUAGAGUCUGGUAUUGUGGAGAGUGAAACUGAUAAUUCUGAUGCUGUAUCUCCUAUUCAAAUUGCGAAAGACGAAUUUUUGAACACACUGUAUGAUUGUGGCGUUAAGAAAGAUUUACGUAUUCCGGCAUUUGAAAUUCCUCUUGACAACAGCUUGACGGUGACUCUAAAGGAAUUCUCAAGUGUCAAAGAUUUUUGGAUUCAAAAAGUGGAGGAUGAUUUUGACAUAUUAAUGGAGAAAAUGUGCUAUCAUUUUUCUAAGAGAGGUAGACAUGGAGAUAAAGGUGGCUUGAAAACCACUCCACGAGUUGGUCACGUGUGUUGCGGUCGGUACAGUGCUGACAAUGUUUGGUAUAGAGCUUUUAUCACGGAAGUGAUAAAUGAUGAUAAUGUCAACGUUCUCUUUGUGGACGAAGGAAGAAGGGAAACUCUACCGUUAUCGAGAUUACGAGAAUUGGACAGAAGGUUUACUGCGCUGUCUUGUCAAGCGCUGCGUGUACAGUUAAAAGGCGUGAAACUAAAGGAUGACGUUUGCCUAGAUGAGGUAAAUGAUUGGUUUAAAUGUCAACUGUCAGGGAAGAUCAUCGAUGCAACACUUUACCCGAAAGAAGACGAUUCAAGUCCAAUCCCGAUAGAGCUAUUUAUUUGUCCCAAUUCCCCUCAAAUGACCGCCCAAUCGUACGACAGAAGUGAAUACAACAUCAGCAACAUGCUUGUACGUCAAGGUUACGCGAUACUUGUGACGUCACCGCCUCCUAGAUUAAGCAAUGAUGAAAUCAAUUCUUCAAUCAAGUUGCCCAGCAACCAUGUUGAAAGUUGUGAAUGUUCAUCAAUAUCCAGCGGUUUUGGUGAACUGCAUUCGCCAAUACCUGUUUAUACGUCAAGUAACAAUAGUAUUGCGGACGAAUUAUCAAGUGCCAGCGGUAACAGGAUGGCGUCACGUAUUCCUCCUCCCUGCGUUCCAGUUGACUAUGAUGGUUCAGUUCGUGUAAUGGUAUCACAUGUUGUCAGUCCUGGGGAUUUUUAUGUUCAUUUUGUUACUCCUGAAGCUGGAAAGCUCGACGAACUUAUGCAACUAAUGAAUCAUACUUAUUCAGUCCAUCUACUUGUUGAGCACGAUACCGUGAACGAAACUUUUCAUCCCAGUGUUGGAGAAUUUUGUUGCGCGCGAUCGUUGGAGGAUGGAAACUGGUACCGAGUUCUUGUGCUGAAAGUUUGUCACGCAGCAAACUCAGAGGAAGUAACAGCAGAGGUCUUUUUUGUCGACUUUGGCAACGUUGGACAUGCUUCAAGUCAAAAUCUCAGGAAAUUACUUACUCAGUUCCUUUCACUUCCUGCACAAGUUGUGCGAUGUACAUUGGGUUCUGUGAACGCCAGUAUAAAACAAGAUACAAAUGAAGUCUUCGACCAUGGUGAUGUAACUUCACAAGAUGACGAAACUAGCAGAAAAAAAUCCUGUAGUCAAAAAUGGCGACGCAGGAAGCACACUCAAGAAUCUGUAGUAAUAGCUGGUGGGGACGAAGAUGUUCGUCAGGAUGUGGACGACAUUUUUCUAGGAGACGACUUACCAACGGAAGAGAAGAUUUUCCAAGGAGAGGACAAUUCUCAAAAUGGCAAUUUUUCUGUCAUUGAUAAGAAUAUAUUUGAUGGACGAAGUCGUGUGCGCUCAUCGAUUUCUGAAGAGAUUGCAAGAAGCUACGAACAACCUUCCAUAUUUGCCGACACGACCAUUGAGCUAUUUAAAGAAUUCUGGAACGAUUUAAGGAAAAAAAGUCUGAAGCCAAGUUGGUCACAGUCUUCUUGUGAAUAUUUCAAAUCACUGACGGUUGACGUGCGAACGCUUAUUGGUUAUAUUGUCCCGUGGGACGCGAAGAUGUUUAAUUACAUCGUCAAUUAUUCUCAUUAUGCUCCAGUCUCCGAAGAUUUACCCAAUCUUGGUCCAGUGCUGGAGCUCAAUCUCUAUGAUUUCAGUGGAGAGAAUGACAUUUUCAUCAAUGCUGCUAUGGUUACCGCAGGCUAUGCCACCUCUAAUGUGAUCAAGAUUGACCAAACGGAUGAAGUGGAUUUUACAGUGGAAAAUGAAUCGUCAACGACAACAGCAAAUGAUGUUGUCAGAAUCAGUGAACAAGAAUUAUCAGAGCUUACGGAAGUUACACCGGAGCGUAGUUCUCCAACAAGCCCCAGGACCGAGUUGCUUGAUGACUGGGACCCAAUGAUGAAUGAUUAUCGAUCUGUACGUAAUGCUUACAACGUUACAACUGACAAUUUGGAUGUUGCCAUUACUGGAUAUGAGGAAGAUCGAGGUAAAAUAUGCCGUUACUAUGGGACAAAAUAUGGUUGCUAUCGAGGAAGCAAGUGUUCUUAUAAGCAUAUUGAUCAAAUUGGAGAGGUUUCAGAUUUGUUAACUUCCAUCUACGGAUCAACAGAGAGCAAUGUCCGCCUGCCAGACGUUGGAGCUUGGAUACUAGUCAGAGUAACUGGAAUUGAAAAUCCAUCUCACUUCAGGGUUCAGUUGCCGUUUGGUGUUGAAAAUCUAGCAAGCCAGCUGAUAGCAAAGCGAAGUGGCAAAGAAACAUCAGGUGAAGCGAAUUUGAAAGAUUACCAAUAUCUUAUGAAAGAAAUGGGGGUGUUUUAUUCGAAGAGAUAUGGGAAAGAAAGAUCACUUGUUCCUCCAGCUUUGGGUGAGUUGGUCGUGGCAAGAUCUUCAGUAGAUAAUACUUGGUAUCGAUGUCAAGUUAUCUGUAGUGGAAAAGAAGAUUCUAUGUAUAAGGUCUUACUGGUUGAUGUCGGUAUUACUGAAUGGAUCUCUCAAUAUGCCAUUUGUCCCAUAAUUCCUCAAUUUCUUCAUCUUCCCUUUCAAUCUCUGCGAUGUCAAACUUCAAGUGUCUAUUCUAAUUCUGGUCAAUGGACAAAUGAAUCAAUAGUACAAUUUCAAACACUAGUGAUGAACAAGACAUUGGUUGCUCAAGUGCUGUCAGUAUUCCCGUGUUUGCAAGUGAAUCUGUUUGAUUGCCAUGGUGGACAGGCGAGAAACAUCACGGACAAAAUUAUGGGGUUUUGUUGACCAAGCUAAGCAUUUGCUCUUUCCAGUCAAAUUUAACAGUUUAAGAUCCUAACCUCGUAAAAGAAAAUGCAAAAAUGAUGAUUUCUCCAAGACAAGACUUUGUGUUGAAGCUGUAUCUGUUUUGUUCAAUAUAUAAAGACUAAUGAUACGGACAUGUGAUUAAAUACGCGGACAGUUUAACAUAAUAUGCGUGGGCAUUUACGGCCUAACAUGAGCGCGUAUGAUUGGUCAAUAUAAGUUCGUUUUGUGUUUGUUGCAAUGUGUCACGGUUUCCUGUUUCAAAUUUUUAGUAUGCGAAAUUUGUGAAUACAGUAUGUAAACAAUGAA